AUGGGGACAUGUCCUGAGCCAGGGGACACCUUGGGGACAUCCCGAGGACACCGCGGGACCACCGUGGGGACACGUCCUGAGCCGGGGUCACCGCGGGGACAGACGGUGGCCGAGGACAGACCCCCAUCCCGGGGUGGGGGAGGGGCAGCUGCGAGAGUUCCUGGAGAUUCGGGGUCGGCGCCAGCACCGCCGGGGGGGCCUGGGGGUCCCCGGUGUCCGGCGGGGGGUGGGGCCGUGCCCAGGUGUCCAUCUGUCCAUCAGUCAGGUGUCCAUCAGACCAGGUGUGCACUGGACCAGGUGUCCAACAGCCCAAAUGUCCAUCUGUCCAUCAGCCAGGUGUCCAUCACUCCAGCUGUCAAUCAACCCAGGUGUCCAUCAACCAGGUGUGCAUUGGACCAGCUGUCCAUCAGCCCAAAUGUCUGUCUGUCCAUCAGCCCAGGUGUCCAUCAGCCCAAAUGUCCAUCUGUCCAUCACUCCAGCUGUCAAUCAGCCCAGCUGUCAAUCAGCCCAGGUGUCCAUCAGCCAGGUGUUCGUCUGUCCAUCACUCCAGCUGUCAAUCAGCCCAGCUGUCAGUCACCCCAGCCAUCAAUCAGCCUGUCUGUCCGUCUGUCCGUCUGUCCAUCAGGACGGACACCCCGGCCUCGGUGUCACGACCCAUCCGCUCCAUCCUCGGCCGAUUUCAGCCGUUUUGGGCCGGACCGAGCCGUUCCUCACCUGUGCCGCCCCACCGGUGCCGCGCUCACUGCCCGGCCCCCGGCGCGCCCUCGCUGCCCUCCCGGGCUCGGCAGCGGUGCCGCCGCAGCGCCGCGGGCCGGGCGAAGCUCCUCCGGCAGCGCGGGCAGCGCGCGCGGCGCUCGUGGCCGCGCAGGUGCCGCGCGAUGGAGCCCAGGUAGAAGAAGCUCUUGCCGCAGCGCUCGCAGCGGUACACGCGCUCGCCCAGGUGCCGCCGCCGGUGCUCCAGCAGGUUCCCGCGGAAGCGGAACGUCUCCCCGCAGGUGCGGCAGCGCCGCGGCCGCGCCUUGCCGCGGUGCCGCCGCUGGUGCUCGGCCAGCCCGGCGGUGUCCAUCAGACCAGAUGUCCAUCUGUCUAUAG